GCUAAUCCUUCUAUCCCUAGCAACUCAUUUGAUUAAUACAUUAUUUCUCUUUGUACUAUAGUAUAGCUAUGGCAGUUGAUUUGUUGUCAAGAAUCACUCUGCGGCCAUUCAAGUUAAGCGACGUGGAUGAUUUCAUGUUAGUAGCAUGUGACGAUAGAGUAACAAACUUUACUAGAAGGAAAACUUUGGUUUCAAGGGAACAAACUUUGAGUUAUAUUGAAGAUGUACUCAUUCCUCACCCUUGGACACGUUCAAUAUGCAUUGACAAUCAAACUAUUGGAUUCAUUUCAAUUUCUCUGGCCGGAUCUGGUGAUCAUGAUGAUGAUGAUAGGUGUAGGGCUGAGGUUGGCUUUGGUGUAGCUGCUAACUACUGGGGUAAAGGGAUUUGCACCAAAGCUGUUAAGGUUGCUGUAUCACAAGUUUUCAAGGAUAUUCCUUAUUUGGUAAGGUUGCAAGCUUUUGUUGAUACGGAGAAUCAAGCUUCACAGAGGGUUUUGGAAAAGGCGGGGUUCUUUAGGGAGGGUGUACUUAGAAAGUAUUCGUAUAUCAAAGGAAGGGUUAAGGAUAUAGCUAUUUUUAGCUUUUUGUUAGAGGAUAUUGCGAAAAUUUCAUAAUUUAAGUAUUGUAUCCGAAUAUUGCGUUUUGGUAACCGGGUUACCGGUGUAUUGAUUUGUCUUGUUUAAACGGUUUUAAUCGGAUACUAUAUUUUAAUAAUCGAUUACUGUUAAAUAUAAUUCAAAUUCAAAUUGUUAAUUUGCAUUUCAUUUAAAUUUUGAGUUUGCAUUUGGUUUGCAUUAGAAUUUAGGUUAAUGUAUAUAAACCCAAAG